AUGUGGAAUGAUCGGCUAAACUGUCUUAAUAUCAAUGAUGAUAAAACAGAAGAUUUUAUAUUGUCUUCUUUAAUAUCGACUUUAAUCCACAUGACUUCCGGCUAUCUGAAACCAUUGAAACUACCAAAAAUGGAUAAUAUUAUAGUAUAUCUCAAUAAAGUAAAACAUUUCAAAAAUUUAUCAUCAUUAGUCAAGGCGAAUAUAACUACAUUUGAACAAUACCGUCAACAAAUACUUUCAUUAUUCGAAGAUAUUUUAUUUUUAAAAAGUACUCGUGCAAUGUACGAAGAAAUUUUUGCAAAUAUUGAUUGUCUUUCAACAUUAAGUCUUUUUAUGGAUGAUAAUGAAUUUUUGACAACACAUCUUAUAACAACAGAUCUAUUACAAUUUCCACCGUUAAAUGAAAUAAUUAUUCACUUCAUUGAUAGUUUAAAGCAACCGAUGAAUAUCACAUUAACGAAUGAUAAUGGUGAAAUUCGACGGCUAAUAUUACGAGCAAUGAGUGGAUUAAGCGUGAAUAAAAUAUCUAUUAAAAAUUUUGUACAAUUUCUUUGUCGACGUUUUCAGUUUUUUCUUUCGCCAUAUUAUCGUUUUAAUACGAUACCCGAUCUUGGUUCAGCUAUAAUAACACAAAUGAUUGAAAAAGCAAAAAGUCUUGUGAAUAUUAAUUUUAGUGAUGAAAACUUCCGUAAAGUAUAUCUUGUUUACGAUCAAGGUUUUUCAUUACAAUUACUACAUCCGGAUUGGAAUAUUGUACCACCACACAUAAAAAAAUUAUUUGGCGAAAAUCCAUUAAAACGAACGAUUUAUAUUGAUAAAGAUCCGUUUGUUCUGUUACUUUCAUGGUUAUUAAACGUUUCCGAAAAUCAUUUUAUGGAAUUAUUACUGAAAACAAAAUUCGUAUUAACAGAAAGUAUUACUUAUAAAUUAUUUCAUUUACACGAACGAAAAUUAACACGUAAUCCACUUAUCAUUGAAGGAGACACAGGUAUGGGAAAAACAUUUUUGUUAAAAUUUUACUCCUUACUCCUCAAUUCAAGAGUAAUCAACGAUCGCGAUCUUGAUUGCGCACCAUGUAUAAUCGAAAGGAUUAGUUUAUGGUUAUUACAUGAGAUAAUUAUUAAACUAGAAGGUACAGCAUUAGUAGUAAGCAAAAAACUUGCGCAAGUCAUUCAUCCAUAUUUUACUUUAAAACAUGAAAUAACUGAUCAUGACACCGAAGAUAUGAGUCAAGAAGAUUUGAAUCUGACAAUAGAUGAACAAAAUCAAAAUGAUACUGAUGAUCUCGUACAACAAAUGAAACAUUCAUUGCAAAAUUUCUUAUACCCGUUAAGAGUUCUAAGAAAAUUAUGGAAAACAAUUCUCCUCUUAACAAGUAAAUUCGAUGAUAUUCAGCAAUCAAAUAUAGUGCAGAUGUUAAUAGAAAAUUUGUAUAAUUAUAUUUUGUUACGAUUAUCGGCUGUCCAUUUGCUGGAUAGUAGUCAACGUUUACAAAAACUUCUCAUAGAAUCUCAAGCAAAACUUACAGUGAAAAACAGUAUACAUUUAUUUAAUGAGUAUAUUACACAUACAGAAAUAAAACCAUUAUUCUAUCGUUUACUUCUACAUCCUGGUAUAACCGAAGAACAUUUGGAAGAAUUUAUGAAACCUAUCAUUAUGUUAGCAAAUCUAUUGCAAUCCAUCGAAUUAGUCGUGUUUUUCGAUGAAGUUAACACAUCAUCUUGUCUCGCUUUGUUUAAAGAAAUGUUUAUGGAUAGAUCAUUGUGUGGUCAGCCUUUACCAGAAAAUAUUUUCUUCACAGCAGCUAUAAAUCUAUUUAACAAAACUGAUCAAGAUGCAACAAAAAUUAAUCAAUCAUCAAUUAUUCACCGAAAUGACUAUCUCGUACAUAAACUUCCUUCAGCGUUAGAAUAUUUAAAAUGUUCAUACGGUACGUUACCGAUUAGUCAAUUGCAAAAGUAUGUUGAACGUAAAAUCGCUUUAUUUCAUGUUGAUGCUAUUGAAGAUAUGCCAUUUCAAGAUUACACUCAAGAAAUAUUAUCUGAUGCCAUAGUCUGUGCUCAACGAUUUUGUUUAUCACGUUUAGGAGUAAAUUCGGUUAGUCAACGUGAAAUAGAAAGAUGUUUUCAAAUCAUUAGCUUUUUUUGGACAACAAAAUACACCACCGAUGAUGAACAAAAUUCAGUCAGAUGCAUUACUUUAGCUAUAGCGAUGGUAUAUUAUUUUCGUUUGCCAACGCAAGAUGAUAGACAAAAACAGAACUUCAACGACGAAGCAACACGCGAAGAAUUUUCUAAAGCACUAUCUAGAACAAUACCUGAUUUUGGUGAAAUAGUACAGAAGGAGUUAGAAAAAUUUGUUACAACAGAAAAUGUUUUGCUACCACCUGGUGUUGCAUUAAACCAGGCUAUAAAAGAACAUAUAUUUGCUAUUGUCGUUAGUGUUUGCACACGAACACCACUGUGUAUUAUAGGUCCACCCGGUCAAUCGAAAACACUCAGUUUUCAAAUUAUCUUACAAAAUCUACAAGGGUCUCUAUUAUCACCGAAACCUUUUUAUAGGAAUCUACCUUCAAUAGAUCCUUUUUUCUGUCUGGGCUCAAAAUACAGUCGACCAGAAGAGAUAGGAGCCGUAUUCGAGCGUGCCAUACGACGAGAACAACGAUAUGAACAAAAUCGAAUUAAUACAAGAUGUGUGGUUUUCUUGGAUGAAGCUGGACUUCCUGAUGAGAAAAAAAGUGUUCUUAAAGUGUUGCAUCCUUAUUUGGAUGAAGGCAAAGUAGCAUUUAUGGCUAUAUCCAAUAAACUUUUCGAUGCUGCGAAUGCUAAUCGAAUGAUGUGUAUCUAUCGAUCAUUACCAUCGGAGCAAGAUCAACUAACGUUAGCAUUUGGAUGCCUUGGUUUACCAUAUCCUGAUGAAAAGAUUGAUCUUCAUUUAGCAAAAAUGAUUACUGGUUUAUGUAAAGCAUAUCGUGAAGUUUUAAAUUGUGUCGAUAUUCCUAAAAUAUUUCACGAUAGAGAUUUUAUAUAUAUGCUACGUGAAUUACGUUUUGAACUGAAUUCGAAUUUAAAUGAUUGGUCUGCAUAUCGUAUAUGCAAUACAAAUAUAAAUGUGACACCAACUAGUCUAUUACGUGCAUUAGAAACAAAUUUCAAUGGUACUGGAAGAUCUCAGUUCGAGAAGCUAGAGAGUGAAUAUCGAAGUUCAGUUGUAGUUUUACAUGAUUCAAUGCAACUGGAAUCAACCAGACGACGUUUGUAUGGACGCUAUAAAUUAGUUAUUGAUGAAAGUGAAGAUGAAUCUGUCGCACGGUUUUUAUUUGAAGAAGGUAUAUUAGAUUUAAAUUCAAAAACAACGGCUAUUUUUUGUAUGUCUGAUUUUGAAGCCGAUACUGAAAAUGAACUGCGUAACGUUGAAAUGUUAUCAACGAUUAAAUUGUGUAUGGAAUCCGGAAAAACGAUAAUGAUGAUCAAUACGGGUAGAAUUCAUGAUUCACUCUACGAUGUAUUUAAUCAAAACUUUAGUAUUGUGGCUACAGAAAAUGAACGAAAAAUCUUUUCGAAAGUAGCUAUUGAAGCGCAAACAGUAGAUUGUAUUGUACAUGAAAAAUUUCAGUGUAUUGUUUACAUAAAACGAUUAGACUUAAAAGACAUGCCACCACCGUUUCUGAGUCGAUUUCAAAAAUAUUCAGUUGGAAUUAAUGAUUUUUAUCGUAUACAACUAGAAAAACUACCAUUCACUCAACAAGAAAUCAUAAGGAACGUUGAAGAAAAAGUACAAUCAUUUGUCACACACUUUGGUGAAAAAUAUUUUUCAGGUUAUACUAAAAGUACAAUUUAUUCAAUAUUAUUAACAUUAAUCAAAAAUUCAAAACAAUUGCAACCACAACAAAAAGUGCAACGGUCAUUGACAACAGAAGAGCUUUGA